AUGAAUCUAAAGUAUUCCUCACUCAACAAAACCAUUCCACCUGGAAUACAGCAGCAACAGCAGGCUGAGGCUGCGAGCAAACAACGAGCGGCUCAGGCGGCACAUGCACAGUCAGCGGCCCAGAAUGCAUACUCAAUGCAGAUGAAUCAGUUCCACACACCAUCUCAUGCCCAGGCCCCGCCCAUGUACAACGGCAUGUUUACGGGCCAUCAGCAAGGUGCCCCGCCUCCAUACCCUACCCAGCCUCCAGGCUACGGCCAUCAGAUGAACCUUAUGCCAGGCCAGAUGCCUCAAUCGCAAUAUGCACCGUCUCAGAGCCUCUACGCUCAAGCAACCACUAGAGCUGGUCGCCAGCGCGCAUCCACCAUGGAUCAUCAGGGGGGAGGAAUUCCGCCAACUAUUCAACGUGUUGCCAGUCACCUGGACCCGAAUGCCCCCAUUCGACUUCAGCCCAGCCCGGCAUAUUACCCACCACCUCCUGACGGAUAUGUCGACAACAAUGCUCAGCGACGCCGGGGAAGCCGUGCAGGGGCCGGUCAGCGUAACCGAGACUUCAUUCGGACUCUCGAGGACGGCGUUCUUGGCGACAGCUAUAUGACCCAGAGCCAGUGGCACUGA